AAAGAGAAAUUCAAGAUGGUGAAUGGACCGGUGAAUGUAAAUACAAACUUUACAAAGCAAGAAAUGCAAUAUAUUGACCAGGUGGUUGAAAGUAAAACUUUAACUCUUCAGGAACAGUUUGAUUUGUCAAAAAAGACAUUGGAAAGAGACUUGAAAAAGGUCAUACAAACAUUGAAGAUGACGGAACAGAAUACAAAAGAGAAAAUAAAGGCUUUAAAUGAAUCGCAAAUGGUUUCCGCUAAAAGCCCGCAAAUCGAAAUGUUCCAAUAUCAAAUGAAUGCAAUGAAUGUAACAUUACAGAAAUGCAGCGUAAGCAGUUUUUUUGAACGUGUGAAAAAGACAGAGUACGCUUUAGAAAACUUCUCCGUCUCUGUUAAUGAAACUCUACAUACUGUUUGUGGGGAUCUGAAUGAAUCCAGCUGGAUCUUGUCUAAAGUGCUCCCAAAGGAUUGUUCGGACAUUCUGAAGAAAUACCCGAGUUUAGAAGGAAGGGACGGAGUAUACAGAAUAUCCAUGGCCUAUGAAGUCAAGUCUGUUUACUGUGACAUGAGAACUGAUGGAGGAGGGUGGACAGUAAUUCAAAGAAGACAAGACAUUUCUACAGAUUUUUACCGGACAUGGUCAGAAUAUAAAGAAGGAUUUGGGGAGCCCUCUACAAACUACUGGAUCGGAAAUGACGCAAUCCAUGAGUUGACAAAGAACAAGGACCAAGAACUCCGGGUUGAACUCCAAAGUUUUGAUGGUGCUGAAGCAUAUGCUCAGUACUCCGCGUUUCAUGUCGGUGAUAAAUACAAUAAAUACGUACUCACUGUAUCGGGAUAUUCAGGAACCGCAGGUGACAGUUUGGCUUAUCACAAUGGAAUGAAAUUCACCACAAAAAAUCAGGAUAAUGACAACAAAAACUCUAGUAACUGUGCAACAGAAUACCACGGGGCCUGGUGGUACAAGGGAUGUCACUACUCAAAUAUCAAUGGGCAGUACGUCAAGUCUGCUGUGUCUAAUGCUAAACACCCGACAUGGUUUCACUGGAAAAGUAAACAUGAAGCGUUAAAACGGACUGUGAUGAUGAUUAGACACAAAAAUUGAAUCAUUUUAAUUACUUAAUCUUUCUUCUUUAAUAUUAGGAGGUCGUGUUUUAUGCCCUAUUCACCUAAAUAAUAGUUUAUAGUUUUGUGUAUGGUAUCACUAGUAACAAAAAUAUAAUUCAUUAUAACAGACUCUGAUGAUGAUCAGACACAGAAACUAACGCGUCCGAAAAGUCUGCUUUGUCUGGUGUUAAAUACCCGGUAUAAUUGAACUGAAAAAAAGAAAGAAACAAAAGACAACGAUGACGAUCAGACACAAAAAUUAAUAGCUUUAAAAAAUCCAUAUUCAGUCCUGGCAAGAAUAAUGAUUAUCGAUUAAUUAGUUUACUCAUGUGAAAUAGAUAGUAUUAAAACGUUAUGCAAUAUGCUUAUAUCUGCUCUAUUACAAUUCAUACAUUUAUUAAGUACAUUUUGCUGUUUUGAUGGCAACCAUGUGGCAUGAUAUCCCUGCCAAAAUGUUCAAAAAGCUUCAAUGAUCAGAUAUGAAAACUAGAGAUAAAUUAUUAUCAGCCCUAAUAUAAUAAAAGUAAUGACUCAUUACAUUUUUUUUUAUAUUUUACUUUUGUCAAAUAAAUAGCAAAUUGAUUUUGUUUCAUUAUUUCAUUGCAGUUUUAUUAUAUAAAUCUUGUAAAUAGACAAUUACGUUAUGCAAUAUAGAAUUUUUUCUUUGUAUAAAUACAUAAAUGUUCUCCAUUAUAAAUGCUUCAAUUAAAGGUGCUUCAAGAAGAAAACUCAAAGCAGGGAGAUUGUAUGGAAGUUAAAUUUAAGCAUCACACAUGUAUAUCAAUAUGGAAUAAAGUUAAAUAUAAUUGAUAAA